AUGGCAAACGCAUCCACGGAUGGCCCGGCAUGGGUCUCGCAGAUCCAGUUGCCCGUUCCCCAACUUGGCGACUCGCAGCAGUUUGCGGAUUGUGCCCACCGAACAAGCAAGACCACGAACGCUAAGCGCAUCAUCGUCUGUUGCGAUGGAACAUGGAAUAACUCGAACAAGAUAGGAGGCAUUGCAACCAAUGUUGCCCGUCUCUCGUCUGCAAUCGCGCACAAGUGCUGCACCGGUAUGCCGCAAGUCGUAUACUACCACCGCGGAGCUGGAACAGAGGAGUCCAAGGUUGCACAGUACCUCGGAGGUGUGCUUGGAAAGGGAGUUGUUCAGGACAUUGCAGACAUCUACCGCUUCGUGUGCGACAAUUACAACCCCGGAGAUGAGAUAUUCAUCCUAGGUUUCUCCCGCGGCGCCUUCACCGCCCGCUCAGUCUCGGGGCUGAUCUGCAACCUCGGUCUCCUGAACCGCGUCGGCUUGUCACACUUCGGGGCCAUCUUCCACGACUACCAGAACUUCCCCAACUGGCGGCCGUUCACCUGGUUCGAUAAGGAGAAGCAUCUCGCCGGCUUCACCCUCUCCAACUACGAGCGGCUCGAGAGGUUCGAGCGUGCCAGGGAGGGCCGGACGGAGCGCCGCGACAACGCUGCCAUGGAGGCCGACCUCGACGAGGAGAAGAAGAAGUUCUUCAAGUCCAUGACGCAGUGCCGUGACCCUGAGACGAUGCAGAUGAAUCUCCAGAAGAUGGCAAAGAAGUACCGAGACUUGCUUGAAAAGCACGAAAUGAUUCUGUGUGAGAGGCAGACGCAGAUUCGAGAUGGUCAGAGAAAGGACUUCUUCGUCCCCUUAAAUGUCAAAGUCAAGGCAGUGGGCGUAUGGGACACGGUUGGAAGUCUGGGCUGGCCCAAGAUGCCUUGGGAGAAGCUUCGCAGGGAUCGCAGCGCCGAUGAGCUCCGUUUCGCAAGCAUUGACGUCCACCCCAACGUCGAGUACGCUUUCCAUGCCAUCGCGUUGGAUGAGUGGAGGACGGCGUUCAAGCCGACAUUGUGGGGGAAGAAGAAUAACACCUCGACCCAUCUUCGCCAGGUCUGGUUUCCCGGCAGCCAUAGCAACGUUGGCGGAGGAUUCGAGGACCAGCAGAUUGCGACAAUUGCCAUGGCCUGGAUGGCGGACCAGCUGACCUCGAUCGGGGUGGAGUUCAGCACCCCUGAGAUGAAGCGCAUCUUCUACACCCUCGAGCCCAACGUCCAGGCGCGCGAGUGGGCAAUGGGGCGUAUUUCCAACCCGGGCGCGACGACUUCCAUCCCGGACCAGGCUUACAACGCGGUUUGGUACCCCUGGAAGAAGCUCACGGGCGGGAACCCCGUCCUCGGCACCCGUACGCCCGGCAAGUACAAAGAGGACAACGGGAAGUCUCCCAUCGUCGAUCCCACUGAGCUCAUCCACCCGUCGGUGCGCAUUCGGUACCUCUACGACGGGCUGGGCCUGAACGACGCGGGCGAGUGGGAGUGUGCGGCUCUUACCAAGAACGGGUUCAAGCUCGAGAAGAGUACCCAGCCCCCCCGAUUGGAAGACCCGUACCCGAAGAGCCCCAUCGCGUCUACGUAUGAGACCCUGAGCGGGAAAGUCUCCUCGGUCCACGGUGGCCACACGGUGGACUCCGGGUCGCACGAGGGCCACACGCUCGUCAUCCACCAAGUGCCCUUCGAGGCCGAGCUCUGCCUCCUCGACCAGGCCAAGAACAACUGGGUCUGGACGCAGGGCACGGGCAAGGACAAGAAGGCGCUCCCGGAGGAGCGCAUCGGCAUGUGGGAGCGCCUGUUCAUCGACAUCAACCACCGUAUGGUCCUGAGGCAGCAGCGCGAGAAGGCGGAGAGGAACAGGGCGGCCGCCAGCCAGAAGCAGACGUGGAGGCAGUGGCUCACCGACAAGCAGCACUCCGCCAAGGGUGCCGCUGGAAAGGUGCUCAGCGGUACCAUCGGGAGGUUCCUCGGUCCUCCGGCCAAGUAUAAGCCUAAGGACUACCCCAAGAAGUUUGGGUACCACGACUUCGUUUCGUGGCAGAGUGGUGACGUGACGAGGACGCGGCAGAGAAACCCAUGGGAGAACCAUGAGACUGGGAAUUAA